CUAUUCGGCGUCGCCAAAAACGCUCUGAAUGUCGCAGGGAAUAGCGAAAAACCUCGGGUCGUAAUGCGGCUACCGGAGAUUUCAAAACAACAACAGCGGGAGAGCGGAGACGAGCAGCCUUUGGAGGAUUUACCAGGCAAACAUAUAUGAGAAACACACGGAUUUGUGGGGGAUUUAUCCGCUCGGGAAGUUUAUGACAGGGUUUGUACUGAGCCACACACACGCAAGGAAUAUCUAGGAAUUUACUCCGACUCCUAGCUUAGUGCUGUAUGUGAUUUUUCCUCCAAGCCGGAUCAUCUCCGAAAGUACUUUCCGAUGGUUUUCAUUGAUCCAGGAGAAGUGGGGUUCAAGUAGUUUAGAUGCCGCCUAACGUGAACCAGGCACCGGAGAGAGGUCGAUCCAUAAAAAGGGGUUAGGUUAAAUCGCCCACAUGCUCUGGAUUUGGGAUUGGGAUCACAAGGUGGAAGUUGAGAGCAUCAAAUCCCCGCAGGUCUGUGGAAGAUGCUGUCCAGCAGGAGUUGAGACCCUUGGAUUCAUCAGCGAAGAGCUCCAUCUGGAUCUGAGGACACAUGCAGGCCAAAAAACGCUAUUUAAUUCUGUUCUCUGCAGGUGUGUGUCUCAUUCUGCUCUUUUACCUGCAGGGGCCAGCUUCCAGAAGGACUCCAAAGCGAGGGGAUGACCCCCAUCCACACUGGCCACACUUUUCAGACCCCUUACGAGCGUUCAUCCCUUGGGAUCAGACUGAAACCGAGGACUAUAAUGUCAGAGCUUCUCCCAGACACAAACGAGAUGAUAGUACAGGAGCUGACAAGUGCCGAAUGGACUCCUGCUUUGACUUUGAGUUGUGUAAAAGAAAUGGCUUUAAAGUCUACGUCUACCCUCAACAGAAAGGGGAGAAGAUUUCUGAAAGCUACCAGAAUAUACUAUCCUCCAUCGAGGGGUCCAGAUUUUACACAUCUGACCCGGGACAGGCUUGCCUUUUUGUUUUAAACCUCGACACCCUUGAUCGAGACCAGCUGUCCCCUCAGUACGUCCAUAAUCUUAAAACUAAAAUCCAGAACUUGAACCUGUGGAAUAACGGGAGGAACCAUCUGAUCUUUAACCUGUAUUCCGGCACAUGGCCGGAUUACACUGAGGAUUUGGGGUUUGAUAUCGGUCAAGCCAUGUUGGCCAAAGCCAGCAUCAGCACCGAAAGCUUCAGACCCAAUUUUGACAUCUCCAUCCCCUUGUUCUCCAAAGAUCACCCCCGGACUGGAGGGGAAAGAGGGUUUUUAAAAUACAACACCAUCCCUCCUUUUAGGAAAUACAUGCUGGUUUUUAAAGGCAAGCGCUAUUUGACUGGGAUUGGGUCUGACACCAGGAAUGCGCUUUAUCAUAUUCAUAAUGCUGAAGAUGUGGUUCUCCUUACCACAUGCAAACACGGCAAAGACUGGCAGAAACAUAAAGAUGCUCGCUGCGACAAGGACAAUGCAGAAUAUGACAGGUACGACUAUAAAGAAAUGCUGCACAACUCCACAUUCUGUCUGGUGCCGAGAGGACGACGCCUGGGCUCUUUCCGCUUCCUGGAGGCUCUGCAGGCCGCUUGUGUGCCCGUCAUGCUGAGUAACGGCUGGGAGCUUCCCUUCUCCGAGAUCAUCGACUGGCGGACGGCUGCUGUCAUCGGGGACGAGAGACUUCUUCUACAGAUUCCAUCGACAGUUCGCUCCAUCCAUCAAGAUCGCAUUCUGUCACUCCGGCAGCAGACGCAGUUCCUCUGGGAAGCGUAUUUCUCCUCUGUGGAGAAAAUCGUUCUCACUACACUGGAGAUCAUCCAGGACCGUGUUUUGCAGCACAGUGCUCACAGCACACUGAUGUGGAACCGGCUACCAGGAGGACUCUUCACCCUCCCUCAGUAUUCAUCCUACCUAGGCGACUUCCCCUUCUUCUAUGCCCUUCUCGGUAUUAAACCACACCAGAAAUUCACAGCCGUCAUUCACGCAGUAACGCCUCUCGUAUCUCAGUCUCAGCCGAUAUUCAAGCUGCUAGUGGCUGUUGCCAAGUCUCAGUUCUGUGCCCAGAUCAUGGUCUUGUGGAACUGUGAUAAACCUCUUCCCUCGAAGCAUCGCUGGCCUGCUACUUCAGUUCCUGUCAUCGUAAUCGAGGGCGAGAGCAAGGUGAUGAGUAGCCGAUUCCUGCCGUAUGAAAACAUCAUAACUGAUGCAGUCCUGAGUCUGGAUGAAGACACUGUGCUCUCCACCACUGAGGUGGAUUUUGCCUUCACCGUCUGGCAGAGUUUCCCAGAGAGGAUUGUGGGGUAUCCUGCACGGAGCCAUUUCUGGGACUCCAAUAAGGAGCGAUGGGGCUACACCUCUAAAUGGACCAAUGAUUACUCCAUGGUGCUCACUGGAGCUGCUUUCUACCACAGGUAUUAUAACUACUUGUACACACACUACCUGCCUGGCAGCCUGAAGGGUCUGGUUGACCAGCUGUCAAACUGUGAAGACAUUCUGAUGAACUUCCUGGUGUCUGCGGUCACUAAGAUGCCCCCUAUUAAGGUCACUCAGAAGAAGCAGUACAAGGAAACCAUGAUGGGACAGACGUCCCGUGCAUCACGUUGGGCCGACCCUGACCAUUUUGCCCAGAGGCAGACGUGCAUGAACAAAUUUGCCAGCUGGUUUGGCACAAUGCCCCUGGUCCAUUCGCAAAUGAGACUGGAUCCUGUUCUGUUCAGGGACCAGGUAUCAAUACUGCGCAAGAAGUACAGAGACAUCGAGCGACUCUGACCAAUCCGAAAAUCCCCUGCCUCUUUUAAGUAGGGAUGGAAAAUGGCAUACGAAAAACCUCCUGAAGCCCUGCUAAACCAGAUCAACAGGGAUAAACGGGGUCACGCAGAACCCUCAGGGAGGGAGCACAUCGAGACGGGGCGCAGUAUUGUGUUUGAGAUUCAUCUGUCAGAGAUGGAAAUCAUAAGAUUGGAUUAUCGGCGUAAUUUGCCAUUCUGCGCAACACAAAGACACGCCAUCGCUGGCACAUUUCUGUCUUCCGCAAACCCUUCUUGUAAUGCUUUGCCAAUGACAACGGUCAACAUGGCAACCUCGCCAUGCACACACAGAUCCACAUAUAGACUAAUGCACAUGGGUUUGCCCUCUGCAUCAGACCCCUUCAUGUUAGACAUUUCCUCGAGGUCGCUUGCAUAUUUAUUCAGUUCGCCUUCUACUUUUCUGGCAAGCAUCACGCCCCUCUUGAAGAUGCAAGACAACGUCCUGCGGAGAAGUCAAGCGUGCGAAACACCACGCAUAACGUCACAGUGCCUGAACUUUCAGAUGAAUCGUAUCUGGAAGUCCAAAGGGGUUUUGUAUGAAUGCAAAAACACCUUGUUCAUGCUGCUUAUAUUUGGAUUCAACAUGUUGAUGUUCCACAUAUUGGCCCAAAGCUUCUUUCUAUAAAAGCCUUUUUGUGUA